UGUGGCCACUGCAUCCACACAGAAAAAAGAAUGGAAACGUAAAUUCCAUUUUAAUUUAGAGUGAAAUAUUCCAAAAAGAAAGAAAAAUCAAAUAUGACGGCGUCAACGGACGCGGAUAUGGAUUACUUGGGAGGCAGCAGCCCUAAAGCGAAUCUAACAGCCACCACAACAACAGCCACAUUUAUAACCACUUCCCUGCUGGAUGCCAAUGCCACGGAAAGCAACUCCUCCAGUGGCUAUGUCACCGAAAUGGAUCUGGAGGAGGCGUCCACCGAGGACGAGGAGAUGCUGAGGAUAGCCUUCUUCAUUGGCGACUUUGUCCACCAGUACUACAUCCCAAUCCUUUGCUGCACGGGCAGCAUUGGCAACAUUCUCUCCGUCUUUGUCUUCUUCAAGACCAAGCUGAGAAAACUCUCGUCCAGCUUCUACUUGGCAGCUUUGGCCGUCAGCGACACCUGCUUCCUGGCCGGCCUCUUUGCCCAGUGGCUGAACUUCCUAAAUGUGGACAUUUACAACAGGAACUACUUUUGCCAGUUCUUCACCUUCUUCAGCUACCUGGCCAGCUUUUGUUCCGUGUGGUUUGUGGUGGCCUUCACCGUGGAGCGUUUCAUAGCGGUCAUUUAUCCGUUGAAGCGCCAAACUAUGUGCACGGUGCGCCGGGCCAAGAUUGUACUAUCCGGCCUGACCCUCGUUGGCUGUCUCCACUGUAUGCCCUACAUCCUGAUUGCCAAACCGGUCUUUAUGCCGAAGCUUAAUACCACAAUAUGCGAUCUUAACUCGGAAUACAAGGAACAACUGGCCCUCUUCAACUACUGGGACUCGAUUGUCGUCUAUGCAGUGCCCUUUACCACCAUCGCGGUGCUCAACACCUGUACAGGUUGUACCGUGUGGAAAUUCGCCACCGUUCGCCGUACGCUGACCAUGCACAAGAUGAAACCUCAAACGAACAGCAUGCCCUCGAAUUCAUCGAACUCAUCCGGAGGGCUGUCUGCAGUGACCUCAUAUCGCACAUCUGCCUCUCUAAAGCGCCAAAAGUCAACGGGAACGCAUCCAAGUGGACAGCAUAACGUGGUCAUUAGGCAGCAGCAGGAUGAGGAGGAUCAGCAGCACCAGCAGCAGCAACAACAUCCUCAGCAUCAGCACCAGCACCAGCAUCACAUAAACAAUUGUCAACACCAUUGCGAGAUUACACAGAAGCCAGGUCGUCGCAAGGUACAGAACUCGUCGCAGCUGAAGGUAACCAAGAUGCUGCUGAUUGUCUCAACGGUUUUUGUCUGCCUAAAUUUGCCCAGUUGCCUGCUGAGGAUCGAGGCCUAUUGGGAGACGGAAUCGGCCAGGAAUGAAAACUCCACAAUUGCCCUGCAAUAUAUUUUUCACGCUUUCUUCAUCACAAAUUUCGGCAUCAAUUUCGUGCUUUACUGCGUCAGCGGACAGAAUUUCCGCAAGGCUGUAUUGAGCAUUUUCCGGCGGGUUUCCUCUGCCCAGCGGGAGGCGGGCAACACUCAAGUGACAGUUUCUGAAUACUGUCGUAAUACUGGCACCUCCACCAGGCGCAGGAUGAUGACCCAGCAUUGUUGGAACGAAAUGCACGAGUUGCAUCCACUCAAGUGAAUUGGGAAAAUGAAAAGGAAAUAAAAUGGAAACUCGCGCAGCUCUUCAAGAGCAAAUGAAGGAAAUCGCGUAAAACAGCCGGCGGAUAAGCAGGAAUUUUUCGCUUUUAAUUCGAUUUCAGCAAACAUAAUAAAAUAAGAGAGACAAAAGGAAAA